UUUAUUUUAGAUAUGAGUUUAUUUAAAAAUAACGUCAUACAACUUCAAAAAGAUACUUACAAGCACCCUGGGCUACAUAAACUGCCAACAAAAUUGUUUGUGGAAAAUCAAGAUGUGAACUUACUUAAAAGCAAAGAUACAUCAAUGAAACUUCAAGAAGGUACUAGGAAAGCCACACCAAGUAAAUUUCCAACAAAAGUGAUCAAUUUAUCACCCUUUCCCAAGGAAGGAAGCUUUGAAGACCCUUCACGCAAUUUCACUGAACCUCCAAAAGGAAUUUACAAUAAAUCUAAAAUUGCUUUUCGAUCUUCUAAAUUUACUCCAUUUCCUUCACUGAGUAAAAAAAUUCCAUCAGGAAAGUCUAAAAUCACAAGCUUAAAGCAAAAGUCUGUUAAGCUUUCAAAUACUCUACCUACUUUGGCCUUUACCACUAAAAAACCCAUUUUUAAAGUGGUAAAUAAUGCUACACAAAAAUCCCUACCACGUCCAUCCUUUAAACAGUGAAGGGAAUUCUGAGCAAGAUAAACAUGAGCUAAUUCAUGGACGCAGCAACGAAAGUUGCAAGCACCGACACCUGUUGACAGUGAUGCUCAGUGAGCAGUGUGCCGGUGGACGCUGCUGGAGACCGUGCAUAACCAAGAACUCUACUGCAUGGUACAACCUGUGAGGUCGUAGACUCUUUGUUGCUGACGUUUCAGCUUGCUAUUCACUAAUGCCACUAUAUUUCCUUCUGGAGUGUUUUAAAGCCAAUUAAAUGAAAUAGUAUAC